AUGGAGAAACCACAGAAAAUGCCCAAAGUGGCAAAGGUAAAAAACAAAGCACCGGCCGAGGUGCAAAUCACAGCGGAACAGUUGCUUCGUGAGGCAAAGGAGCGCGAUCUUGAGAUUUUACCGCCGCCACCGAAGCAAAAGAUUUCCGAUGCGGCCGAACUGGCCGACUAUCAGCAGCGAAAGCGCAAAACUUUCGAAGACAAUCUGCGCAAAAACCGGAUGGUCGUUAGUAACUGGAUCAAGUACGCGCAGUGGGAAGAAUCCCAGAAGGAAAUCCAACGGGCCCGUUCGAUCUGGGAGCGUGCGAUUGAUAACGAACAUCGGAACAUUACGAUAUGGUUGAAGUACGCCGAAAUGGAGAUGAAACACCGACAGGUGAACCACGCCCGCAAUCUGUGGGACCGUGCGGUCACGAUAAUGCCGCGCACGAACCAGUUCUGGUACAAAUACACGUACAUGGAGGAGAUGCUAGAGAAUGUGGCCGGUGCCCGGCAGGUGUUUGAGCGCUGGAUGGAGUGGCAACCGGAAGAGCAAGCGUGGCAAACGUACAUUAACUUUGAGCUGCGCUACAAAGAGAUCGACCGGGCACGGUCGAUCUACGAGCGGUUUGUGAUGGUUCAUCCGGAGGUAAAGAACUGGAUCAAGUAUGCUCGGUUCGAGGAAGCCCACGGGUUCAUUAACGGCGCGCGUACAGUUUACGAGCGAGCGAUUGAGUUUUUCGGAGAUGAUCAUGCCGACGAACGGCUGUUUAUUGCGUUCGCUCGUUUCGAGGAAGGUCAGAAGGAGCAUGAUCGCGUCCGGGUCAUUUACAAGUACGCUCUGGAUCAUCUGCCAAAGGAUCGCACCACCGACCUGUACAAAGCGUACACGAUUCACGAAAAAAAGUACGGCGACCGAUCGGGAAUAGAGGAUGUCAUUGUGUCCAAGCGCAAAUUCCAGUACGAGCAGGAGGUGAAUGAAAAUCCAACCAACUACGAUGCUUGGUUCGACUAUCUGCGGUUGGUGGAGAAUGAAAACGAUCCGGAGUUGAUACGCGAAACAUACGAACGGGCGAUCGCGAACGUUCCGCCAGCAAAGGAUAAGAACCUUUGGCGUAGAUACAUUUAUCUGUGGAUCAACUACGCCCUUUACGAGGAGCUGGAAACGGAGGAUCUCGAGCGUACCAGACAAAUCUAUCGUACAUGUCUCGAGCUAAUUCCACACAAGCUGUUCACCUUCAGCAAGAUUUGGCUGCUCUAUGCUCAGUUCGAAAUUCGCUGCAAAAAUCUUCAAACUGCACGUAAAACGCUUGGCAUGGCGAUAGGGCGCUGCCCGAGGGAUAAGCUCUUUCGCGGUUAUAUCGACCUGGAGAUACAGCUGCGUGAAUUUGACCGGUGUCGGAUUCUGUACGAAAAGUUCCUCGAGUUCGGGCCGGAAAACUGUACCACGUGGAUGAAGUUUGCCGAGCUUGAGUCACUGCUCGGUGACACGGAUCGAGCCCGAGCAAUCUACGAACUAGCGAUACAGCAGCCACGCCUUGAUAUGCCCGAACUACUGUGGAAGAGCUACAUAGAUUUUGAGGUUCAGCAGGGUGAGUUCCAGUUGGCGCGUCAACUCUACGAACGCUUGCUCGAACGCACGGUGCACGUGAAGGUGUGGAUUUCGUAUGCAAAGUUUGAAAUUAGCGCUGAAAACGAUGACGAAGGCCUCAACGUACCACUAGCAAGACGAAUCUACGAGCGGGCCAACGACUGUUUGAAGGGUCUGGCCGAGAAAGAAUCGCGCGUGUUGGUACUGGAGGCAUGGCGUGAUUUCGAGCGGGAUCAUGGCGACGAAGCGAGCCGAAAGAAGGUGCUGGAAAAGAUGCCACGGAAGGUGAAGAAGCGGCAGAAGAUCGUAUCAGAGUCGGGUGUCGAAGAAGGCUGGGAGGAGGUGUUCGAUUUCAUCUUUCCCGAGGACGAAAUGGCUCGUCCGAAUCUGAAGCUGCUUGCGGCGGCUAAGAACUGGAAACGCAAACAGGACACGGACGUUCCAUCGGGACCUAUGGAGAGCAAUGUGAACACACCCCAGGAAGAGUCCAGCGAGCAACAGGAAGAACGAAUGAACGAUGGCGAAGAAGAAUCGGACCAAACGGAUCAAGCUGACGCAUAA